AGGCCAUUGGAGCAGAAGUUACGUCCUGCGCGACAGACAUGGUGAUCAAACUCCAGGAUCUCUUGAAACUGAGCGUCACGUUUGACAAUAUCGAUCCCGGCAAUGCCAUCGGGACGCAGGCAAGUACGAAUUGCCACUUGCUGAAUCGUGGCCGGCCUGCUGAGAGUGAGAUUGAACCAUACCUGCUAACAGCUCAGCAGAUGACAGAUGUGGUCAGAGACUCUGUCUACCACAUCACGUUUUCCAAUGCCUACACACAGGAUCCCUACUUCAUCUCGCUCCCCCCCACAAGUGGGCCCCAAAGACAGGAGAAGUAUGGUUGGUGGUCCGAGAUCAAUUUUGGAGCCACUAUGUGGGGAAUGCAAUGCCAACCUGGCUCAGUGGUAGCUGCCCACGAACGUGUCAGAUCGGCUCACUGCAUCAAUGUGAAUGCCAGGGUUGGCGAAGAUGUGAUCAUCAAGGACAAGUUGCCUGCAUCCGCCUUGUGCGAAACUGGCCAUGCAGUUGGUGGCUGGUUCAAUCUGCAAGGUGCUAAAAAGGUCUACCAACUAGCAGGGGGUCCAGGGCCAAGCCGGGAAGAGCAAGUGUCUCUAAGGUUGAACUGUCGCUAUGUGCCAGGUUUGUCUCGUCUUUGUGAGACCAAAGACGGCAAUUGUGACCAGGAUGAGAUUGUCACUGGGCUGGAGUUCCAAAACGCCACCUCCAUGAAGUACAGGUGUUGCAAGAUGCCUCGCACCUUUGGGCAGACCUUUGUGCCAGGAGAAGGCUUGGAAGGCAUCAAGGUGUGGGAAGGCUACUACUGCCCUGAAAGAUUGGACGUGAGUGGGCGGCCGGAGUAUCAGCUGGAUCAGUACACUGGUGCAACUGCCGCUGAUUCCACGGGGACCACGGACACUACAACAUCAGUCGUCCUCCUAGCAGAGAUGUCAAACAUCAAUGAUGAGAUUGUGGAGAUGGAAGGAGCCAGCUUGUUGUCUGCAGACAGCGAUGCAAAAAGGACCAGCACACCGUCCACGACCACCACGACCACGACCACGACCACGACCACGACCACGACCACGACGACCACGACGACCACGACCACGACCACGACCACGACCACAACCACAACCACGACCACCACCUUGCCUGUUGUGGAGGACAUUGUGCCUCGAUCCAUCAUUGAAGUGACGCCAGAGUUCUGGAAUUUGGAGCGCCUUAACACAGCCAGGGCACCAGACAGGGUUGGAAGUAAUCCACCCGUACCACGCUUGCUUGCCCUAACUUCUCAUGAUGUUUCCUGUCCAGGAGGAACCAUCAUGUCCCAGUUCAGUGUCUCCAGAGAAGGUUUGCAGGCUUUGAAUGAGAUACAGGUCUCCUACACCUGCAUGGCGCCAGGGAUGGAUCCAGCCAGACUGGCUGGACUCAAUCCUGAUGGCUGCACCACCAGCAGUACAAUGCCGAAUUCAAAUGAUCCAAGCAUUGGAUACAAGGUUGACUGUGGACAAGGUUUCGCUGUGCGCCAGUGGCAGGUGACGACCACUGAAUCCGUUGAGUAUACCUGCUGUGCAGUGGCUCCAUCUGAUGGUGUGGAGGGUGAGAGUGAGACCGUUGCGACUGUGACCACUGGUGUCGGCGCGGUUGAACUGUACCGGCUGGCUGCUCUCAAUUUCAAUUGUCCAACCGGACAAGCUUUGAGAGCAUUUAGCCUCCUACCAUCGGCUAGCACCGUCCCCUCCACCUAUGUUGCCAAAUUUCGCUGCGUGAAUGUUCCUUUGCUGAGGCAAGUGAGGGAGAUUAAUGAGCAGCUACAGACCGUGCAAUGGGAUCAAUUCAAAGGGUCAUGGAUUCUUGCCAGGAUCCCUAACAUUGAAGUUCGAACGCCAAUUGUAGACAUUGGUAGCAUCAAGGCUGUAGCACCAUGCGGAGCCCUCUCUGCCCUUGAGACCUGGGCCUUUGGAAACCAUGGAAAUGAGAAUCAGAUCAGUAUGGUAAAUACUUGCAGAAGGAUCCAGAUGGACGAUGCAGGCUGCAGGACAUUAACAGCUCCUGCCAGUGUUGCUACAGCUGCGACGUGUACAGUGGGAUCAGAAGUUUUGAAAAGCUUUGAGUUGGUCCCGGUCCCCCCCACGAGCGGCAGUGUUAGAGCCCCUUUCUGGAACAUCAACUACAAGUGCUGCCCAGCUACCAAACCGGUGCUUCCAACGACAGACGCCCAGUGCUCAUCUGUCACCACGGCUACUCGCGCAGCUGGAACUUUGCAGCCAUGGAAGUUUGUGCUCACUGAGCAGGACAUGGCGAUAGAUUGCCAGAACCGAAUGCUGACAGGCUUCACCCUGGAAUAUCCAGCAAGCAGCAUUCAAGUCAACUACACAUGUUGUCUGUUCGAAGGCCUCUCCAAGCAGAUGGGUGGAGUCGUCAGCAAGGCCUUUCAGCCACAAGAUUUCACCACCGCUGCAGAGACGACCGCGCCUGCGGAGGUGAGACGUGUAGAUGUGAGCGCGAGGAACGCCACCGCUGACAACCAAACAACGUUUGUUUCCUUCCGGCUGGAUGGCACCCUCUUCAACAGCACUGAUCUCGUGAACAGUGACUUCAAUUUGCUGGUCCUAAGCCCCCUCACACAUCGGUUCCAAGAUUACCGGAACUUUGGUGACAUCAGUGUCGUACUGAAUGCGGAUAACGCCGCAGCAUACCUGAAUAGUCUCGAACCUGAGACGAUAGUGGUGGUUGGUGACGCCACGGUUUCCAGCUGGAGUCCCAAGUUGGAAUAUGCUCUGCAGCGUUGCGGUGCCAAGCUUUUGCAACAGACACAGAGCGGUCCAUACGGCUUGGUUGGGGUGUGCAGAACUGAGGAUGCUGAGGACACCCGUGGUGCAGUCGUUGAAGCCUGGGACAGCAGUUUCAUCGAGAUCACAGGUACGAUCCCCUUCCUCUACACUGCUGCUCCAGUGGCUGAGUUCCCUGCACGCUUUAUUCAGACAGUUGAGAAGCAGGAGCCCUUCCCAUCUGAAAGACCAAUCAGACCUGAGCUGGUGAGCUUCAAACCCGAGAAUUUGGUCUAUGAUGAAUUUUGCGAUCUCAAUCAGAGACGGGAUUUGAGCAAGAUCAACUGUAAGAAAAAUCCAAAAACAUGCCCUGCAGCCAAGCACCCUUGCUUCCACACCUACGAGAAGCAGAUGGACGAGCAAAAGUUUUGGACACUGACUCAAAGGGACAUUGAUCGGGAAUAUGUGCGGGGUGUGGGCGAGGUUGGGCAGGCCAAGUUUGAUGCCGACAUUGCGGUGUUUGAGAAAAUCAUGGACUUUGUUGAAUUCGGCAUUACCAUCAUUGCAGGUGCAAUUGCAGCAUUUGGACCAGGGUCUUGGGCAACACCUGGGGAAGAGGGCGCAGAAGCCGGUUUUGAAGGGGGUUUGCAAGGGGCCAAAGCGGCAAAGGCGGCUGCCACUGCCAAACCCAAGAAUCUUCCCGCUAGUCGACCACGAUCCGCGGCAGUCACCCAACGGCCACCAGCAAGGGCCAGGAGUAAUGCUGUCAGUGGCGCCAACAGUCCUGUACCAAAGGAAAGCCCAGCAAGGCAGACCAAAUUGAAGAGGCAACGUAAAAGUGGGCAAGAGAGAUUCGAGGUAGUUGCCGAUGUCGGGGACGCUAUUGAGGAUGGGCGCCAAAUUGUCUCACUAUCAGGAAGGACUACCAUUGACCUCACGGCUAAGAAGGAGAGUCCGAAUAAAGACGCAACCCCGCAGAAGCCACAAAAACUUUCCAUUCCAGGUGGGGGUGAGGUUGAUGCAAUCCCAACUCCCCGCAAACCUGACGACACCGGUACGAAUCAAGCAAAGGAUAUGGAGGACUUCAACUUGGCUGGAUGGCUUGAUGACAACCCCAUUCAAACUGGCAUCUCCAGGAUUUUGUGCGAUCUGUACUGUACAGAGGAUGCAGUCAAACAGGGCAACAACGUCAUCAACACUAACAUCAGGCUCUCCAAUAUCGCCCUGCAAACCAACAUCGAGCGCUUGUUUGAUUUCCAAUCGAAGCUGAUCUUCUUUGGUUUGGGGCAGUUGAGGGAACAAUUGACACCCUCACAGACAGAGACGCGAGCCUUGCUGCAGAGUGGCGAUGUCGAAGCGCCCCAAGAACUGCAGACCCUGCUUUCGGAGAUGAACGAAGUGCCCAAACUUUUGGAGACUAACUUUGACUCCAGUAAAGGCUCCCUUGCGCUGGAUCAAUGGUACAGAACUGCCGGCAAGCAGCUCACUGAUAGUGUUGAAGCCAUCUUCGCCUUCCGCAACGCUUCCUCAGAGUCCGUGGCUUCGGUACGCCAGUUAGUGGAGAAGUUUGUUGCUCAGCGGAAUCUCCGGCAAGAGCGCAUGACCGAUGGAUUUGAUGCCCGGGGCCGUCCUGCCACACGUGCGGAGUUUGUCCAGGCGGCUACUGCGCAGAAGACAAAAGUGGUCCAGCAUAUUGUGAAAAAGCAUAGCCAGGACCUGACAAGAGUGGUCUCGAUGGUUGGGGCUGCGAAUCCAGCCAUGUACGGCAACUUCUUGGAAGACAAGGCUGGAAGCUCUUUGGUGCUGAUCCGGUGGAACCAAAUCACUACAGCAAUGGCAGAGGCUCACCGCAAGCAGUCCCUCUUUGCCGACAGCAAGAAGCGGGCGCUGAAGGCGGCCAAGGAAGCCUUGAAUGCUGUUGAUGGCUACAUCCAUUGCAAGGGAAACAGCAUAGCUGACCUGCAGAUGCUCUGGCAGCGUGCUAUGUCUCUCAGUGAUGAUGCUGGCAGUGUUCUGCUGGACGCUUGGGGCAGCACACACGAAGCCCAUGAGUUGCUGGAGACGGCAGCUUCUCAAGGGCUCCUGCAUGAUAUGGCAGAAAUGGCCAGCGUGUCAAUGCCAGAUGUGGACCAUUGCAUGCCGUUUGUGAGCUUGUUGCGCAUUGCACAUUUUCAAGGGGUGAAAGCCGUUGACAAGGCAUUGUCACCUGUCUUGACGCAGAUUCUUGUCUUGGAUGCCAUAGGCCGCUACCAGGAACGUGAAAUGAAGCGUCUGAACCUGGAGGUGGUUCAGAAGCGUCGAUCUGUGAGUUCCAUCAUGGAACUUGUGGGAGGCAUCGCACAUGGUGUGGCCAAACCUGGUCCUGCAAGCAUGAAGCUGGUGGCGCGUUCUCUGAACCUGAUAGGCUCUCAAAUCUGCCCAGCUCCAGCUGGAUGUGCUGGAAUGCUGCUGAAUGUGAGCCAGAAUUCCAGCUUGGGUCUCGUGCCGGAUGCCAAAGCCGAAGAGCUGUGGGUCUCAAGCACACCUGGGGACCUUCUGUUGAGCAAGUCGCCAACCUCAGCUUUGACUCCAUGCAAGGCACCGAUGCCACAUUCUGCGCCAGAAGGACCUCAAGAAAAGCUCAAGACAUUGAGCUUAGCGCAGAACUCCAGGCCAAAAGAAGGGCCCGUCGAAGAGCUGAAGGAACUGGUGGAAGAGUUCAAAGAGCUAAGAGAUUCUGUGAAGGAAUCUAUCAGCGAACUCUCUCGCAUGCAGAGGAUGAGCGGGCCAUCUCUCUUGAGCACUGACUUGGAAUCUGCAAGGGACAUUAUGCAGAAGCUUUGUGGUGAGGCAGAUUGCUCGGAGGCAUUCCAGGAGAAGCUUGUCCCGCAGUCAAGUAUCCUGGAACAGUUCGCAAAUCUCUGGUUGGCCCGAGAGCUUUGAGUUCCAAAACCUUCCUUACCGGUCUUGCACUGUUAUAUGAACGCCUUAUCGAUGCGUUUCCAAGCUUUCAAGGAGAAUCCUUGGCCGUAAUGGCACCUGUGUGGGAGCACGGGUUGAAAAAAA